UCUCCGUCCUUAUAUGGUUGCUUGCAACUACUGAGUCUGCAUCGUCGAACAGGCCAAGACGUUACAAAAAAUAACAUCGAGUAAAAAGGCCUGCUGACAUAAGUGCACUUAUGAUGCACUGUUGGAUACAUUUUGUCGACAGACUGCUGCGCCCGUAGUUGUUCUCAUCAGCUGUGCCUUUGCGCUACUACGCGUUGGCUCGGCUCUUGUUUUCCCUUGGUACACCCUCGCCACCGCCUUCGUACGUUUUUGUACCCGUCAGGCCCGUCGCGCGACAUACGUGUUGUGUCUGAAGGUUUGUUUACAACACGGAGCCGGUCGCUAUUGUGGGCGUUCCACGAGCCGUCGAGUGCCAGGAAAGUGAAUCACCUCGCUUCUGUUAUAACAGUUGAUCACAUCAAGUUCCUGAUUACACCAUGAGCUAUCCUCCCUAUGCUCCUGCUGACGGUGGUUACCCCCCAGCUCAGCCCCACCCGCCACCUAAUGUUGGUUAUGCACCGCCUAGUCCAGGGUACCCUCAAGGUACCCACGGUUACCCACCACCCGCACAAGGGUACCACCCACCUGCCCAAGGCUACCCACCUCCACAGGGAGAUGUGCAGUUCAUGCCAAUGGGUCCAGGAAUGCCAGUCAUACAGCCGCCACCAAUGGGCGCUGGUGGUUACCCUCAUCCUGGUGGAGACGUUGCACCAGUGGGGAUGUUGCCAGGUGUUCCAAGCUGCCCGCCCGGUUUAGAAUACCUCACGUCGCUAGAUCAACUGUUGAUGCAUCAAAAAGUGGAGAUGCUGGAAGCAUUUCUUGGAUUUGAAACUCAGAACAAGUACACCAUUAAAAACAGCAUGGGCCAGAAGGUCUACAAAGCUGUGGAAGACACUGAUUGUUGCUCCCGAAACUGCUGCGGUCCUAACCGCCCCUUUGACAUCAAGCUGACUGACAAUGCUGGAAACGAAGUGAUUCAUCUGCAGAGGAAUCUGCGCUGUAGUUCCUGCUGCUUUCCAUGCUGCCUGCAGAAGCUUGAAGUGUCAUCACCUCCAUACACCCCUAUCGGAUAUGUGAUCCAAGAAUGGAGCAUCCUCACACCCAAGUUCCGAGUGGAAAAUGCAGAGGGGGAGUGUGUGCUGAAGAUUGAGGGCCCAAUCUGCACCUGGAGUAUCUGCGGAGAUGUCGAGUUCAAGGUGCUGUCAAAGGAUGGUGCCGUAGAAGUCGGCCGUAUUAGCAAGCAGUGGUCUGGGCUGCUGAAAGAGUCUUUCACCGACGCGGACAAUUUUGGCAUCAGUUUUCCCAUGGACUUGGAUGUUAAAAUGAAGGCUGUGCUGCUUGGAGCACUUUUCCUGAUCGAUUACAUGUUCUUUGAAAAGUCUGGGAACAAGGAGAAUGACAGACCCGGCAUGCUGUAGUACAUCACCGGGAAGCAGCCAACUGUUGAUCCACAUGUCCUUGCUUUUGCUGUAUGCCACGUGUGGAGCGUGUCCUCAUGCCACCAUAUUGACCAUGUACUGUUAUCGUUCCUGUUUUUCGAAUCUUCCUCUUUUUUUACCCAUUUCCAAAACUACGCUUAAAAACUUUCCUGUUGUCCAUGUACAGUUGUCGUCUAGUCUAAACACAAGUUGACUGCAUUUUUAUCCAUUCUUUUUGGCGAGGUUCCAGGCUACCGACUGCAGGAUGUUCAGCACAGAUUUACGUAUAGCACUGCGCUCCUGUCUACAAUUUUCUUACUUGCAGUUCUUGCAUUUUGGUGUAGUAGAUUUUUCCUUUUCUUCCUAGGUUCAGUUACCUUUAAUCUAUAUACACACCUUCGUACUUUUGUAUACGAUGCGGUAAUGGAGUGUGUUCAGACGCACAAACUAGUCCGGUUGCUGUGGUUUCAUGUGCUGCGUGACACUUCUGUGCAUGUCAAGCCAGCACGAAAGAUUAGCAGCCCUCUGGCUGGUUAGUUUUUACUUAUUUCGAUGUUGAGCUCAUAUUCUUGGCUUUUCAAGUAGCACAGACGUGCUUCUGUUGCAGUGAUCAGUGAGGUUGGGAAGUUGGCUUACCAAAUGUUUAGUUGGAAUGAUUCCUUGCUUGUUGCAUUUUCUGCAACACCGAGCAUGAAUUUGGAAUCGCACAUUCCUCAUUGCAUGAAGAACGAAGUAAUAGAGAAAUUGCUUUAGCCUAGGUUGAAAUUGUAGUAGAGGUGUAAAAUUGAGCCUAGAAAUGCUUGGGCAUAGUAAUGUGCUGCGUGCACAACCAAUUACCAAUUGGUGGUGGUUGGGCAAGGCAGAGAAGCCAAGUACACAUAGGAAACUCCUCUGAGCAGUUAAAGCAUUUCUCAGGUUUUCAAACUUUGAAGCUUGGGAUAGUCAGCAAGUGUCAUUGCCAAUUAUCUUCUUGGCGUGAUUGUACAUGAUUAGAAGGUUUAAGCAAAAUAAUUAUAGCUCAAAACUUUGCCAUUUCAUAGCAAGUGUGGAUCUUGCUGAAGCGAAUCACUGAGAAACUUCUAAUGAAUCUGGAGGUUGCUGAAACUUUUUAAUCUGUGCUGUAGAAUAGAAUUGGUGCACAGGUCAUGCAAAGCUGGUGUUUGAAUUGAACCGUUGGGAUGUGUUCAUUUUAGAGCUGUGUUCUACUGCAAUAUAUAGCAUAUUCCUGACUGUAAAUAACAUUAACAGACUGGCAGUCAAUAACUUACAUGACUAAUACAAAAUUUUUUUUUUUUAAUUCUAUUUCUUGCCUUGAAAUGCAACCCUUGCUAUAUUCAAAGCUGUGGUAUGAGCCAUACCUCAGUUUUACAGCUGAAUGUUCAAGCUCUUCAAUAAUUGAUAGAGGAUUUAAUUGCAUUUAAUUUUUAUCUGCUAAAAGAGAUCUCAAACAGAUUCCUCGCUGGAAGCUGAACUCUAAAAAGUCUCUCAUACAGCUUCAUGCUAGUGGAAGAAAGAAAUGAAACUUCGCAUGUGCAAAGGUAAGCUGUUGAACUUGCAGAACUUGGAAGCACAUGUCGGGGAAGGCAUUCCCUUUCACAUUUAAUGUGCCUGUAACAACACAGAAUUCAUACUGGUAAAAACGCCUUUAAUGGAUAUAGAGGAAGCUUUCUUUCACUUCGAGGUGACCUUAUCAUGGCCUACAUGUGCUUUUGAUGUGUUGAUAGUGCAGCUGGGUCAUUAAUUUGGCAAAUUUUCGAGCAAAUUCAUAACAUGCUACAAGUUCUUACUAGGGCAUUCCUAGAGGGAUUAAUAACUUUUCUGGAGGGCCCUAGCAUUGUUUUGGUGCCAGCCUCUUUCCUCUCACUUGAGUAUGUCCAUAGGUGUUGAGCACAGGCAAGUCAUGCCAAUUCCAUGAACUGGCCAGGUGCACACUUAGGCCGUCAUGGUUUGCCUGUAGUAUUUUGGGCACGGAAUAAAGAAAAUAGGGUAUGUAACAUUUCAUUGCGAUAGCAAUUAUAUGGACACUAAUUAUAAGUCCAAGGGUGAUAAAAUCGUCACAGCACGCCAUAUGCUGUGUAUGCAAAUUAAAGUGUGCGAGGGUGAGCCGGUGAUCACGGCUCAAUCUUGCGCACGUGAAAGAAGAAAGCGGAGAGCAAAUGCGUUGUUUUCUGUAGCGCGAAAGGCCAUGGGGAGGAUAGGAGGGAAAGAGGGAGGGAGGGAGGGGGCGGGCGGCGGCGGCGUUGUGCUCUGGCAGCAACUGCAUAUUUGGCGACCAUGUGCAAGGGAAACUGACGAUCACGGCUCAAUCUCGCAUGCCAUAUAUGGAGGAAAGCGGGGAGGCAGCGCGGGGGGGAGGGGGCCGGCUUCGACUCUGCCAACAAGUGCAUACUUUGCAUGGCUGCACGCGGUCGGGCACACCGUAUCUUGAAAGGGAUCUGUAGACAGCUCAUACCUUUGUGCGCGCUGUUUUCUCACCACUCUUGCAUUCAAGCAAUAGACGGCACAAAGGUCACUUCGCUUGCUGCUGCUGCCGCACCUGUUCACACCAGCAUUUUGACAGUGAGUGUCUGCACUCAUCGAAUUUGAUGUGUUCAUGUUUGCUUGCGCGUGCUGACACCAGCCUAGUUAAUACAGUUAGUAAGCGAAUGUUUGCAAGUUUAUACAGCUGAUAAAACUACUAUCCUUACUUUGUAUAGUUGUCUACUAAUUUGCUAUCACAAUUGAUGCUUCGCCUUUUGGCCGAAACAGUGACUAUUUUUAUUCAUGUUUUUGACAGUUUUUUUUUUUUUCAGUGUGAUAGGACAAAAAAAGAAAGCCGUUCGGCUGUGGUGGCUGUAUUUCAAUGGAGGUGAAAUGCAAAAAAGAAUGUCCAUGUACUGUGCGUCAGGUGCUCAUUAAAGAACCCCAGGUGGUCCAAAUUAAUCCGGAGUCCCUCACUACGCCGUGCUUUUGUAAUCAUAUUGUGGUUUUGGUACGUAAAACCCCAGAAUUAAAAAAAAAGGCUGUCUGACUUCCAUGACCGUUACCUGAAAGUUGAUUCAUAAACCAGUGCUGAUACUAAUGCUUGAAAUUUGCUUUGAGCCAUAUUCAGCAGCGACUGUAUACCAAUCUGUCUACAGGUAUCGGCAACAGAGAACUGUUGGCCUGCAGCAAGUGUUGGCAACACAAAUCAGCGACGACGUCAAUGAUGCAAAUAAUUUGUCACAUUAAGAAAUUGAAUGAAGCACAAGUCCUAUUCAGGGUGCAGUAGCCUUUGCCUAACCUGUAUCAAGACACCGACUAUUGAUGUCAUGAAUAUAUUGUUGGCGAAGUGUAGAAACCACUCAGUGCAGAAUUGAAAAGUGAGGCUGUAGGUCAUGCCCAUUUCUGUUACUGUAGUUUUUACACCUUGUUUUUAGCUGCGUGAACUCGCAUUCCUUGAACAUGCACCUACUGGUCCAAAAUACUGUACUUACACUCGAUAGUAAAAUGUCUGAUUGCAAUGCACACUAAGUUUCUCAUAGGUGGAAAUGUAAAAUGCAGUGCCUUUUAUCGUAAUAUGCAGCCUGAUUUUCAUACUUCAAAAAAUAUUAAAUGCAAUGCCCUUGAUUAUUCCCUUACCAGAUUUUAUUGGUAACAGACAGUGGCGUAGCAACAGGGGGGGCCGGGGGGCCGUGGGCCCCGGGUGCAAGGGGCCUGAGAGGGGAGGGGUGUCAUAUACGUCUGAAGACACCCUUCCCGCCGGCUACACCCGGAGACGGGGGUGACAGAAGACCUAGGGCCCCGGGUGCCAGACGACCUAGCUACGCCACUGGUAACAGAGAAAUAGUGAUUUGUUGUCAGAGGAAUGAUUUGGACCCCACUUAGAGACGGUGUCCAACAAUGACAAACUUCUGGCACUUGCACUAUGGCAAAGCAUACCUUUCAAGAUUGGGAGGUGGGAUUUUGACACAUAUCUUAGAUUUGGUUUCGUUUAUGGUUCUAAAGCACAUCUCGCAUCCUAAUGAAUUUUAGAGUGCAGUUCUUAGGCGGCCGUUUCUACGUAGAGUGUCGGCGUUCCCGGUGUAGCCGAGCGAACAAGCGCAGCGGGGCAUGAAAAAAAGCAGCAAGAGCAAAGAGCGUAAGGAGGAAAGUGGGGUGAGAAAGGUGCAGCGGAUGCAUGAGGCGGAAAGUGAAAGAGGAGGGUAUGGCAAAAGCGUGAGAAGAAAAGCGUCGUGCUGCGCAAGCAUAGUGCCUGCGGUGACAACCGCUACGAGAUGGCGCCAGAGUAGCGCACCGUCAUCUGUGCACUGAUGACUUCUUUAUCUUUCUUCAGUCACUGCUUUUCAUCGGCUAACGAGUGUUAAACAUUAUCCCUCGACGCGCGACACGCCUGCAUGUAUCAAAGUUUCUCGAAUGUUAUAGAUAGUUCUUCAGUUGGCUGUUAUCACCAAAGCUUUUUGUAAUUUGAUUUUAUGUGCGACGCAAAUUGUGUAGUACUUUCUGGAAGCCACGCGGGCACCAGCGAUUACACAGGAACCUUCGAUGAGUCAUGUAUAAAAGCCGACGCGCUCGACUCAUAGAUCAGAUUUUUGACAGUCGCUGACUCUGCUACAUGUAUCUCUCCAAUUGUUUACCUUAAUAUAUUGCGAAAUGAAAACACGGAUAGAGCUGUGCUCUAAUUUUGUAGUAGGAAGUAUCGUAAUUGUCGUCGAUUCUUUUCUGGAGAGAAAUUUUUGUUAGAAUUGAGUAACUUUGUCAAAGCAUGCACUCGGAGCAAGUGACAAUGUGAAGAGCUCAAGCUACUGUAAGGGUCUGCUCUUUUAUUGGUGCUAGCCUCAAGGGGCCUGCUAUGCUUGAAGAUCAAGCUUGCACAUCUCUUCUGUGCUCUACAGUUCAGUCUACCUAUACUGAUAUGCACAACACAGGAAAAUGAUUUUCAUAACCGUUCAUUAUAUAUGGAGUGACUUUAAGAAUGUCUCUUUACAGUUUUGAUUAUACACUUUUAUGUAAAGGCACCACUUUCUUUAGCAAUUUUGUUAGGGUAGUGUCAAACAGUUAACAUUUCAUGAUGGUGCACCCAUCUUACACUUUAGAAGUUGCAUACUCCAGUAACAUAUUUGCAGUUAAUACGUGAGAAAGAAAAUCUCAGUUGCCAAGCAUGUAACAAAGUGUAAGUUUAGAUGAGUAGGUGUUAAACAUGUAAAAUUUAUAUUUACAGGCUCAAUUCGUAGGCAGCUUACGUUUGACCAUUUGACUGUCAUGUUGCACAUUGAAAUCAGUUGCUGUACAUACAUUGUGGGUAGCUAGCACAUUGGAUGGCAUGAAAACUGUGCCCUAUUAUGGAUUAUGCUAAGGUGUGUAAUCACAAUGACUAGCCUAAGUUUACAUGAUAUCUUUAGCAGAUAUGGUACACAUGGUACCUUUGAGUGGUCAUUUCUGAAUGCUGUGACAAGGCUAUGAACAUUGGGAAGUGCAGCACUCAAGUUGUAUUGCAAGAAUUGUGCUCUAUACUCUAUCUCAACAGUUCCUAGCAGCACUGUGGAAUCUGGAAGACUCCUUAGCCAAUACGAAAGCCGAAUCCCCCUCAGUAUGUGUUCAUCUGCACUGCAUCGUCUGCGUACCGUUGUAUUGCCAUCCUGUUGAUACAUGCUUCACAGUUGGUGGACUGAUGCAAUAAAUAUUUUGGCAUUGUAACCACAAGCUGCAUUUACAUAGAUGUGACAGUUGGGCUUCGCUUAAUCUAUACACUUUCUCAGCAGUUCCUUACAGCCUCCUUAGCUAGUAGCAGUGGGGAAUGCCCUUGUAAAUGUUCACCCGCACCGCAUCGUCUUUUUAGGGUCUGUUAGGCAUUUGCUCGCCAUUGCCAUCACAUACCAUAGCAAAGCUGAGUAGUAAUAUUAUGAUGCAGUGAACAAUUUGGGCCUUCAUAGCAUUCCACAAUUGGACUACUUUUAUGACUCAGCGCUGCCUUUGUAGUCCUGGCAGCGUCAAAACAAACAGCUGAUCUCAAUAGUAAUGACAAAACUAAUACUUCGCCUUCAGCAUGAAAUGAGACUAAGUGGUGACUGAUUUUACAAUUACUAUCUUGCUGUCAAAGUGGAAAGCCAGUAACAAGCGUGGAUUCGGAUCGAAGCGGGUGGUCACUGGCUGUAUGGGCACUGCCAUGUUGCUAUGUAAUCAUGGUUAGGAUGGCUAUUACGGUUACUAGCAAUAAUCACCGAAGCAAUUUGUGGUGUAUGAUGUGCUUGCACAAAAGGCAUAACAUGUCGCAUACCUCUAAAGUAUCGCAUACUAAGCAAAAAUAGAACUCUUAAUUUUGCUAUUGCGUGGGGCAAGGAUAUUGCCUGUGUACACUUUGUACCUUCGGCAGUGCUGCAAGUUACUUGUGAGAUGGAGUAGGGUAAUUACCACUAGGUUUCAUUAUAGCUGUUCGUACAGGCUCGUUUUCUCAAUAAAGCUCAGUUACUCUCAUACUCAACCACUGUAAUGGCUCUGUAAUGGCUAAUUGAAGAUGCCAACAGGCCCCGCCUGCUGUGCCACUUGAAAAGGAAAGUACUAGUUGCAUAUUUCUGUUUCACUGAUGGUUAACUGUUGCGGCAAUAAUUUGCGCUGCACUACAGUAGCAAUACAUCCUUGCUUCUUGGCACUUUAAAGCACAUGUCCAACAGUUCACAGGCAGCUUGCUGAACUCUUGCCUGCAGCCUGACUGGCCCUCCUGAAGUGUUUGCCUUCUCCAUUAAUUUGCAUUGGCCUCAGUAAGUGGCUACUGCUCUACUGAACAUUUGACAACUGUGCAUGCACUGUAGGGAACUGCAUGUAAUGUAUGGGGCCCAAUGCAAGUUUGAGAGCUCCGCCUUCUUUAAGGAGUGUUUUCUUCUUUAGUAUUUAUGGUCAUGCUGCAUACGUCAAAUAAUAUAGCAAUUUGUUCGUGAACUUAGAAUCUGCAGGUCAUUAGCAUGUGGUUAGUUUUGCAGCUAAGUUGUGAUCUUCCACCUGAAAAAUGUCCUGAAGAAAGCUGAAGCUUUCGUAAAGCUAUCAUAGGUACAGCUGGUAAAUAUGUUAUUGUUGAGGAUGACCUGUUAUACUACCUUGUUAGUUGUGCUAUCGUACAGAAACAACUAUAGAUUAACUGUGGCAAUAUUCUUUUAGUCGGAAAGCAUUCAGAUGGGCUCUGUUGCAUACUGCUACUUGCAUCAUGCAGGCUCUGGUUGAUGCAGAUUUUUGACCUGAUGAGUCUCACUGCAGCACAAGAUCAUUCACUGUGUUAUGUAGAUGUGUUCAUUUUAGUUGCCUUACAAUUGUAUGCUAAACUGUGGUUUGCUAAGUAGGUCCUGUGUGAUAUCUUUCUUUACUUUUAUACCUUGUACCUGUACUCUUGAAUUUUUUUUCUAGUUUCACUUGAGUCAACUGAGUGUAUUGUCUGUGAACAUUGCCAACUUUUCAGAAGUGACACUAUGGCCAUGUUUUUUGUUUGUGAUAAAUUUCAUGGGCUUUCUUCGAAAGAAAGCACAGCUUUUCUUUGUUAUGCUUUUCUCUGUAACAUGAAAUGCCACUAGCCAAUAAGAAUUGCUGCAUAGUGUAACAUGGCAGGUUUUUGUCAUGUUUUUGUAGCCUUGCUUUCCUCUAAAUGGCAUUUUUUUUACUUAAGUGCAAAAGCAUUUUUUUAUUCUUUAGCCUUUUAUCUCUCUUCCUUUCAGUCCUACCUACCUUUUAUGUUCUUCCGAGUGCGUAGUUUUAUUGUCAUAUUGUGUUUCCAUCUUGACACUAUCAUGUCAAGGAUCCCAUAUGGAUUAUAAAAAAGUGAAAUGCUGGCUGACAGCACUGGCAAAAUUUGCUGUGCCAUAGUGCACCAGAACCAUGGUGUAACAAACCUUGAUUUGAUGAACAUCACAUUGUAGCAAACAUUCUUUGUUCUAUUUUGCACAAGUAUGAGACAACAUAGCAUUUCCUAUAGUUGAGAAGGUAAUUAAGCAGUGCAUUUUGUCAACUUUUGUGCCUUGGGUGCUAAACAGAUGUUGCCAACUAACAGCAUUUGGUGCAAGAAGUUGUCUGGGAAUUGCAAAAUGCUCGUGGCAACCUCCGAGUGUAACAUGAAAGUUAGAUUGCAGAUGCACUUGCAUGUAACCGUGGAAUUGUCGCAUAAUGCAUUACUCACCACUGCACAAUGGGAUGGCAUAUGUACCUAAGUAGCAUAGCUGUUGCCAGAAAUUGUGGCUGAAAUGCUCAUUUGUUAUUUUCAUGCACAAUAUUCAAGUCGCCAUGAAUGUUAGUCGCCGAAAAGCUUUAUUUCUGUUCUUACAUAGAGAUCUAUGUGAAAGGGGAAUUCAGUCCAACAAAGCUUUCCACUAGAAAGACAAUUUCAUUGCUGGUGCCCAACAUCUGAAUUUGUGCUUUUCCACUUUACCUUGAGCUGUAUUUCUCGAUGACUCCCAUAUGUCAUAGGUGCUCUAUGUAAUUGCUUGGUGCACCCUUUGAAUAUUAAGUGGUUUGUGUACGCUGCAGUUAAUGCAGAACUCCUUCAAAGAACUAAUCUCACUUUUUUUUGUAACAGUAAUGCAGAAAACUGUAGUAAUAGUAGUGCCUAAAUACUGCCACUUUUGUCUCCAAUCAUGUAUACCCAGCAGUGUUCAGCACUUCCUGUACAGUUUGCCAUGCAACAUCACUUUUGUGCCUAACCCUUUACCAAACAUGGAGGGCAUGGACUCCUGUUUAUGCAUUCACUAUUACUGCUAAACUUAUUUCUGGCUCAAUUCAUCUGCAAGAUGUUUUCCUGGUGUAUCAUUCAUGUGUAAUUUGUAGCAACCAUGCUUCUCUGCGCAAGUGGAAGUUUGCACAUAUAAGAUACACGGCAGUGUGCGGCAGAAGUACUUGGGUCGCAUGCAUUGCUUCGACAAUUUAACAGCCAAUCUCUCGUGCAGCUGGGCCAAUCUGUUAAGUAAAAUGCUGCUCUGCAGUCUAGUGUAGCUUGCUAAGACUGCUUUCCCUGUGCCUCUGUCAUAUGUUGUUGGAAAGUGCAUGGCUACCUGUUAACUUGAAGACGCCAUUUAACGCACUGAAAAUACUUUUCAACCGCAUUCUGCAGCCUGUGUUGUUUGGCUGUUAUAAGCCUGAUGUAUGAACAAACUGUCUCGUCUUGCACUAGCCCCAUUUUAGUAGUAUGCUGUGGGCAGUAUUUCCUUAGUUGCACGACUUUUUGAAUCUCAGCUUGCAAGAGGUUUCGCCCCAUUUUCAAUGCCUCGACCUUCGACUGGGUCGGAGUUAUUGACCAGCGAAUUGUGACCUGUACUUGCAUUGUUCAAGAAGCUGUACGUUGAAAUUGCAAGCACUGUUUAAGCGAUGGAGUUUUCACAUACAGUGUAGACUGCUUUUAGCAUAUGCCAUAGAAGUCACGAAAAACAAUGCUAUUAAGAGAGCCGCAGUGCAAAUAGAUAAUCUAUUUUUAUAAUCAGUGUACAAGCCAGAUGGACAACUUCUUUUGUUACAUUGUGCAUUAAUUGUAGAAUCUAACGUGGCUUUGCAGUAGACCCUCUUUCCUAAAACUAAUUACUAUAGGGGCAGUGCGGUGGUCUUAUUUGGUUUCAUGAUUCAUAAGUGCAACACACACUGAACAUGUGAGUGGUGUGGCGAGCAAUCUUGCUUUGCUGCCACUAUUUUGGCUAAAAAAAGCUGCACUGUGUCCGGUAUUGCACCUUAAGCGGUUAUUUUACAAGUAGUCUGCACUGUAGGCCUGUGUUAAUAUUCUUGUAAUGUGCAGCGGCAGAGCUGUUGUAUAUCAGAAUUUUAUGACUUGGCAAAUGCAAGAGCUUCAAACGUAUUUACUGCCUGUUUCUCGAGGCUUUGCGUGUAACCUCCAUGCUCUUGUAAUCCCUUUUUGGCAUACACAAUAAAGCCAAAUACUUGUCUCGUGGAUAA